CGAACUGCAUACUUUUUAACCAAGCAUGCCUAUAACUUGCACAGUCGGUUUCCACUGACGCUAUCUUUUUAUUUAUUUAUUUUCUUAAAUUGUUUACGCUAAUAAAAAGUAAACAAUCAUGUAUAAACCUUCAACAAUUGUGUUUUUUGUUUUUAUUGCUUCUUUUUUGGCAGCACCGCUAAUUUACACUCUGGAUAAACUGGUGUUAAUGGAAAGCUCGAAGUGGGUAUUUUUGGCAGGAGUUAUUGUUCUUCCAUUGUUUGGACUACUGAGCACACUUUUCGUCCAACAACAUGAGGGAAAAAACGAAACUCUUUAUUAUGUGUGGUGUAUUUUUUCGUUUACUGCUGUUGUUGAUCUAUUUAUUGGGCUUGAACUUGAUGGGUUUGUGAAAGGAUUUAUGGAAUUUUAUCUUAGGGAAGGUGAGCCAUAUCUACGCAGUUCUUACGGUACUUCUAUCAACUGGUGGGAUGGAACCGGACAUUUUUCAAUGUAUCUCGGACUGAUAUACCUGCUAGUGAGUGGGAGAGAUUACCGACUUCUUUGUUUGUAUUGGGUUGGAUCCAUAACACACAGUAUGAUAGUAUUCAUGCCUGGAAAUGUCAUUGGUAACAAGGGUUUGAAAUGGUCUUAUUUUCUAAAUGUCCCGUAUGUUUUUUACCCAAUAUAUGCUGGUGUAAGAUGUCUUCGAAUGGGAAUGAAAAAUAGAUGGAGGAUUUAUCCCACAGAGAAGAAAACGUGGGAGAAAGUUGCAGAGAGGUUGUUUGCUGUGUGGUUCCUGGCAGCAAUUGUUAUGGCUUCAUUUAGAUUCAUAUGCUGCAUGGGUUGCAAGGAAAAGAUAACUCAGUAUUAUUUAAAAGAAAUAGAGCCAUACCUCAACGACCCAACACAGUAUGGUCGUACACAGGCUUUAUGCUAUUUCUACUACUUCACUCCAGUGUAUGUGGCCUUCUUUUGCUCGCUGAUCUACCCUGGUGAACUCUGGGUAAAGGACUGGUCCCUUAUACACGCUGGCGCUUCUAUGCAGGCACAGUUUGUCUACAUAUGGUCGUCUCUAAAAUGGAGAACCAAGCCCGAGUUCCAGGUACCGGACACUGUCGAAGCUCGUUGUAUAUUUUGGACUGUAAAUCUUAGCUUAGUGAUUGUUCCACAUCUUUUUGCCUGGUACUGCCAUAAAUCUGAGAUUAGAGAUUUCUUCAAUGACUGUGUAUCACCAUGUGUAUCUCCAAAAUUGAAGAGUUUUCAAGGGGAGGGAAGAACUUUCCAGAAAGUAGAGAGUAUUCAAAGGGAGAUAAUAUACAUCCAGAGAACACCGGAGAAGAAUGAAGAUGAAACACCUACAAGGCGUGUAACAAGAUCUCAAAAGAAAUUGAAGUAGUAUAAUCAAAAUAUAAAACUCUUUUAUGUAUUACAUAGCAUUUAUUACGGUUUUUGUUUAGUAUGAAGUAAGUCUUGUCAGGUAAGUAUCUUGCAAUGGAUUCAUAUAAAAUGAAUUUAAAUCUUAAAUUUUUAUUAAUUGACAACCAGAAUAACAGUUUCAGGUAAAAUGAAAUCAUUUGAUAUACACAUACCUCAAAUAGGUUACAGUAUAUAGGAUUUUAUUUUUAAAAUUUGUUAAUUUAACUUCCAUUUUUAGCUCGACUAUACGAAGUAUAUGGAGAGCUGUCCUACUCGCCCCGGCGUCGGCGUCCAGAUUUCAGAUUAAAGUUUUGGUGCAGUAAAAUAAUUUUCACUAUAACUUUGUCAUUUCCCUAAAGUAUCAACUUCAAACUUCAAAUAUAUGUUCCUUAUCAUCAACCACAUCUUAUGUGACAAGGUUCAUAACUCUAGCACAAAUAUUUUCAGAUUUAUCUCCCCUUGAACUUAGAAUUUUCCUCAAAAAAUACUAUUUUUUACUGUUACUUCUUUAUUUCUUAAGGGAUCAACCUCAUACUUCAAAUAUAUGUACCUUAUCAUCAUCCCCAUCUUAUGUGACAAGGUUCAUAACUCUAGCACAAAUAUUUUCAGAUUUAUCUCCCCUUGAACUUAGAAUUUUCCUCAAAAAAUACUAUUUUUUACUGUUACUUCUUUAUUUCUUAAGGGAUCAACCUCAUACUUCAAAUAUAUGUACCUUAUCAUCAUCCCCAUCUUAUGUGACAAGGUUCAUAACUCUAGCACCAAUAUUUUCAGAUUUAUCUCCCCUUGAACUUAGAAUUUUCCUUAAAAAAUACUUUUUUUUACUGUUACUUAUUUAUUUCUAAAGGGAUCAACUUCAUACUUCAAAUAUAUGUAACUUAUCAUCAUCCACAUCUUAUGUGGCAAGGUUCAUAACUCUAGCACUAAUAUUGCAAGAAUUAUCUCCCCAUAAACUUAGAUUUUUCUACUAGAAAAAUGUUAUUUUUUACUUUAACUUUUUUAGUUUUAAAGGUAUCUACCUUAAACUUCAAAUACUUAUUCCUUAUCAUCAAUUACAUUUUAUGUGACAAUGUUCGAAACUCUUGAAGCAAUAUUUACAGAUUUAUCUUUCUUUGAACUUAGGAUUUUCUUUAAGAAAUAUUAUAACUUCUUUACUUUUUAAGGUAUCGUCUUCAAACUUCAAAUAUAUAUUUCUUAUCAUUACACACAUGUUGUGUGAAAGGUUCAUAACUCUAGCAUGACUUUUUCUAGAAUUAUUCCCCUUGAUCUUGGAAUUUAUGUUAACAAAUGAUAUUUUGUUACUAUAACUUAAUACAUAAUUAUACAUAAUUGGUUUUUAUUUCAUAGUUUUGUCCUUACUGCGUCCAGUAUUUUAUUAGUCGAGCUUGGCUGUCUCCUGUGACAGCUCUUGUUGGUGUCCCUAGUGCAAACUGGUUUAAAAUUUUGUCUGGGGAGUUGUAUUCAGAUAACUAAAUAAUGUUCAUCAGGAGAAUUAUCUGUAAGCAUAGUGUCAGUGUGCUCCAAGUAGCCGGUAGCAAUUGGUAUUUACAGUGGUAAACCCACUUAUGAGUAAUGAUAAAGCAGCACGCCUCCAGAUUUGUGUUUAUUUUCAUUAAAAUUUUGAAAAUGUAUUAAAAAAGUAAAAUAUUGUGAAGUGAACAAAGAAAAAAAUUUUUUCAUUGCAAACAGCAUAAACAACCCAUAUAAAUUAUUAAAAAGAGGUCAAAAUAUGCAAAAAUAGCCCUUACUGCGUUAGUAACACAGUAGAAAUAUGGACCAAAUUGGUCAUAAAUCGCUUAUAAAAUAGAAUAAUUAGUACUUUUAUCUUGAAUCUUUUUACUUUUCUUAAAAUCUCAGUACUUUUUACUCAAGUUUUAUUUUCUUACAAUAUUUUAGCUAAUCUGGAGGCAUGGAGCUAUAAAGCAUUUAAAUUUAUCAUGGUUUAGUAAAAAUGUUUGUCAAGUUGCCAGCAAUUUUCCCGGCAGCUGGGAAUCAUGAUGAGCAGUGUAUUAUUAGUAUAGCUGUAAAACAAAAGUUGGGUUUAUCAGUCAGCAAGCUUAUUAUGUUAAAGGAACUCCAUUGACAUCCAAAUGCCUAAAAAUAUAUAAUUUGAAUGUCUUGCAUAGGUCAAUAUGGGCACUUUAACAGAACGCUAUGCAAAAGUUAUUUAAGAAACACUCUGAAUAAAAAUUGUAUUUUUGUGAUAGUUUAGCUGGAUUCGAGUGUAAAGCGUUUAAUUUUAGGAUAAUUUUUCACAAUUAGAAUAAUCAUUCUGGAAAAAGAAAAUAAGAGAAUGAUCUGAAACUUUGCACACAAGUUAUCGGUCUAGAAUUACAUCAAAUAGAACAUAAAUCUUGAAAAAUUAUUUCCAUCAUGUCAAAAAACAUCAGUCGAGUCCUUUAAUGCAAAGGCUCAAAUUUUUAUACCCAUUUUCAUUUUUGUAAAUUUCAGCAACUACUGCAAAUACAUUCAGGUAUAAUUAUGAAUUUGUUUUGUAUUGCAGAAUUAUUGAUUUUACAACCCCAGUGACAUUACUUAUGCGUCAAUGCU